CAGCUCAGCUCAGUUCACCUGCCAGCUCAGCUCACCUGCAUGGAGCCGUCGGCGGGGCUGCGGCGGCCGGGCCGCUUCGGGCUGCUGCUGGCCGCCUACGGGCUCUUCUUGCUGCUGGGCGCCGCCGUCUUCGCCGUCCUGGAGGCGCCCGCCGAGCGCGCCUUGGUGGCCGCCUUGCAAGCCGCCCGCGCCUCGCUGCUGGCCGAGCACCGGCCCUGCCUGGCCGAAGAGCAGCUGGCCGGGCUGUUGGGGCGCCUCUUGGCCGCCGGCGGCUACGGCGACUUCGCCCUGAGCAACGUCUCGGCGGACCCCGCCUGGGAGUUCACCUCGGCGCUCUUCUUCGUCACCAGCGCCCUCACCACCACAGGUUACGGAAACAUUGUUCCCCUCUCGGACUGGGGCAAAAUCAUCAGCAUCCUUUAUUGCUUUGUGGGCAUCCCGGUGACCAUUUUCUUCAUCCGAGGUUUACUCCGCUACCUGUUGCCCAUCCUAACGUACCGGCCGGUGCAAUACAUUCACAGCCGUUGGGGCUUGCCACGGGAUCACGUGGCCAUAGGCCACUCCAUUGGGCUGGGGCUGGCCACCCUGACCCUCUUCCUCUUGAUUCCAGCUGUCUGUUUUUGGAUCUUCAAGGACAACUGGACCUUCCUGGAGUCCGUUUACUUCUGCUUCAUCUCGCUCAGCACCAUCGGCCUGGGGGAUUUCACACCGCGCAUCAUGUCCCCACCUUUGCUACACGGGUUUUACGAGCUGAGCAUCACGUGCUACCUACUUACCGGUUUGCUAGCCAUGCUUGUGACCCUGGAAACAAUUUACCAGCUACAAGAAAUCCGUGCUCUGGUCCGUUUCUUUGCUCCGUCCCGCAGACUGAGGCUGGAGGAGGAGGACCGUGUGGGGAUCGUGACCAGGGAUCAACUUGCAUUGACCUCCAAUCUCGGACCCUGCUCCCCAAAAACUGAAAAGGAUGCCCCUUAAAUGUGUUCCUCUCACCGCACAUUCACUGCAUUCCCCAACCUCUCCAAUUCAGGUAAUCCUCGACUUACGACCACAAUUGAGCCACAACAUUUUUGUCCCUAAGUGAAACAUUUGUUAAGUGAGUUUUAUUCCUAUUUUACAACCUCUCUUGCCACAGCGCUUAAGUGAAUCAUUGCAGUUAAGUUUAUAUAACAUGGUUGUUAAAUGAAUCUGGUUUCCCCAUUGACUUGGCUUCUCAAAAGGGGAUUCCAUUGACUCUGGGACACAACGACCGUCGUAAAUACGAGUCAGUUGCCAAGCAUCUGAAUUUUGAUCACGUGACCAUGGGGAUGCUGGAACGGUCGUACGUGUGAAAAACGGUCCUGAGUCACUUUUGUUGUAACUUUAAACGGUCACUAAAUGAACUGUUGCAAGUCCAGCACAUUCCAACAAGCAAAGAAGGCGGAUCCACUUAGCAACCGGGUUACUAACUUAACAACAGCAAUGACUCACUUAACAACUGUGGCAAGACAGGUGGUAAAAUGGGGCAAAAUUCAACGUAACAAAUGUUUCGCUUAGCCACAGAAAUAUUGUGCUUGAUUGUGGUCGUCACUUCGAGGUUUUUUUUUACCUGUAGGU